AUGUCUGCUAUUUUCAAUUUUCAGAGUCUAUUGACCAUAAUCUUGCUGCUUAUAUGUACCUGUGUUUAUAUUCGAUCCUUGGCACCCAGCCUCGUGGACAGAAAUGAAACUGAAUUGUUGGGUAUAUUUUGGAAGUGUGUCAGAAUUGGUGAAUGGAAGAUUCCUUAUGUUGCAGUGUGCUGUAUAGUAAUGGGCUUCAACAUUCUCUUCAUACAGUAG